AUAUUCAAUUAUCAAUUCCAGAAAUCAUGCUGAAACCGAGUGAAGAAGGAAUACCUGAUUUGGUUCAUGUGAUGCGCACCCUUUCUAUGGAGAAUAUCCCAAAUCUACCGCCGGGCGGUGGCCUUGCGAGCAAGCGCAGUGUGAUCGAAGCUGUUUAUAAUAGACUGAAUCCACACAGAGAUGAUGAUGGGGACCCUACUGGAGCAGAUCAAAGGGGAACAAGACCGGGCAAAUUGCUCGAGACACUCAGACAAUUGAGAAUUAAUCAUAGGGGGAGCUAUCGUCAUCUAAUGGAGGAGAUGCUGGCUAGUUACAGGCUAGCUCAGAUCCAGGGGGAAGCAAAUACCACCGAACAAGCUGCUUCCAGUGCAGUAAUGCCUGCUAGAGAAUCAGAGACCAGGUUGCAGGCUGAUGAGACUCGUCCUGACGAUGUACACUGAACUGAUUUGAAGAUGUAGUAAGAAAUGAGAAACCCCUUAAAACUUAAUGAUUCAAACAUUGUGUAUCAAUUGUGUUUUAAAAUUUAUUACUUUGCAUGAAUUUGUGACCUCUGUUGCAUGUCUUUUUUUAAAAAAAUGUUUUGUGCUUGCGGAUUAGAUUUUUUGGUCAGAUCACCAUAACUGCCCAAGCAGUGACAGUUAAUUUUUAAUACCUAUUUGUAGCAUGUCAGUUUUUUGGUUGUAAAAAUGUAAACACAUUAAAUGCAUGAUUCAGAACAGAUACUAUGAUAUUGAUAAAUCCAUCAUGCUUAUUGUAAAUGUCAGUUAUUUGUAAACAAUGACUAUGGGCAUGCUUUUGCUUUUUUGCAGUAUUCAGCCAGAGAGGGGAUUUGUCUUUUUUUGAAUGUGUAAUAAAGCUUUAUACCAUGUCUGGA